GGUAUAACAGGCAGAGAAAGAGCUAGAGUUACAGAGAGGGACAGAGCUUCACGGUAUAACAGGCAGAGAAAGAGCUAGAGUUACAGAGGGGGACAGAGCUUCACGGUAUAACAGGCAGAGAAAGAGCUAGAGUUACAGAGGGGGACAGAGCUUCACGGUAUAACAGGCAGAGAAAGAGCUAGAGUUACAGAGGGGGACAGAGCUUCACGGUAUAACAGGCAGAGAAAGAGCUAGAGUUACAGAGAGGGACAGAGCUUCACGGUAUAACAGGCAGAGAAAGAGCUAGAGUUACAGAGGGGGACAGAGCUUCACGGUAUAACAGGCAGAGAAAGAGCUAGAGUUACAGAGAGGGACAGAGCUUCACGGUAUAACAGACAGAGAAAGAGCUAGAGUUACAGAGGGGGACAGAGCUUCACGGUAUAACAGACAGAGAAAGAGCUAGAGCUACAGAGGGGGACAGAGCUUCACGGUAUAACAGGCAGAGAAAGAGCUAGAGUUACAGAGGGGGACAGAGCUUCACGGUAUAACAGACAGAGAAAGAGCUAGAGCUACAGAGGGGGACAGAGCUUCACGGUAUAACAGGCAGAGAAAGAGCUAGAGCUACAGAGGGGGACAGAGCUUCACGGUAUAACAGACAGAGAAAGAGCUAGAGUUACAGAGGGGGACAGAGCUUCACGGUAUAACAGGCAGAGAAAGAGCUAGAGCUACAGAGGGGGACAGAGCUUCACGGUAUAACAGGCAGAGAAAGAGCUAGAGCUACAGAGGGGGACAGAGCUUCACGGUAUUACAGGCAGAGAAAGAGCUAGAGUUACACCAAGUAUGACAGAUCCACAGAGUAUAGAGGUAUAGAGAGCAUUACAGGACUUCACACCUGAUAUUAACAUCCAUCCCAUGUGACCCAAUCAAAAAUGGACAGCCAAGAUGAAUAGCCAGUGGACAUUACAUUUACAUGGAUGCUCCCAGAACUUCCCAGAGAUGUGACAGAACUACAGAGCAGUGGCGGAGCUGCAAAGAGUUAAGAGACAGGUUUACAGCUCUCUUUAACCUGAUCCCAGUGGGCUUGCGGGUGGUGGCCAUUCAGGCAGUGAAAGCUGGACUGUACGUGGCCAUGAACGCUGAGGGCUUCCUCUACACAUCAGAUGUUUUUACAGUAGAGUGCAAGUUUAAGGAGAGUGUGUUUGAGAACUACUACGUGAUUUACUCGUCCACGGUGUACAGGCAGCAUGAGAGCGGCCGCGCCUGGUUUCUCGGCCUCAACAAGGAGGGCAUCAUCAUGAAGGGCAACCGGGUGAAAAAAACCAAGCCAUGCUCACACUUCGUACCCAGACCUAUUGAAGUGUGCAUGUACAAGGAGCCUUCAAUGCACGAGAUCGAGGAGAAACAGCUCUCCCAGAAAGACUCAGGGACUCCCAGCAGGAAUGAAGAGGAGAUAAACCAGGACUCCACUGAACAGGAGGGCUCAUAGCUGCUCCAUGUCUCUCUCACACACACACAGAGCACCUCCUGGAACAUCUCCUGGAGUAACAGCCACAAGAUUAUCAAAGGGAGAAACCAACUGACAAGAAAACACCUCUGAAAGGGGGACAAACCUGAAUCCUUUCCUGUGAAUCUUAGAAAGAAAACAAAAUAAAAAUACUGUACAUCAAAUCAGGACAUUUUAUGCAAAGCCUGCCGAGUGUAUGUCCGAGCCACGUUCUCCUCGGAGACGAAACGAUGGUGUGUGAGUGUGUGUGUGUGUGUGUGUGUGUGUGUGUGUGUUUUGAAGUCUAAGCUUUAAGCCAUGUAGGAAUUCUCAUGUUUAUUUGUGAAUGCAAAAGCACUUUUACGCGCUUCUGUGUGUUGCUCUGAUCAUUAUUACCAAUGGUUAUUAAUGAUCGCCUCUUCUUUGUUUCCUCAAGUCUUUGAUCUGAAUUUAUUUGGGGGUGGGAGGGCAAGGAAGGGGAUUCUCUACUCUGAUAGGUUGAAUUGCUGGUGAAUUGUCUGCCCUGUGAUUGGCUGAAGGUCUGUGUUGUGAUCUUAGUGGAAUGAAGCUAAAGAUUUAAACAUGAUCAUACAUUAAGUGUUUAAACUUAAAGGGAUAUUCAAGAAAUUUACACAAACAUUUGCAUUUCUCACAAAUAUUUCUUCUUAUGGUGUGUGCGUAUGUAGGGGCGGAUUUCCACAAACGGCUUUCUACAAAUAUCACGUGACCUUUCUUGAGUAGCACUUGACAGGGUGCUUGGGCAGUGAUGGGGGUUAUUUUAACAGCUGUAUUUUAACAGAAAUAACUUAUCAACUGAUGGAUCCUCGUGUAUUCAUUAUGGUUGUUUUUUUUUUAAAGAUGUUUUAAUGCUUUUUGAAAAUCCUCCCCUGUACCUUGUAGGCUCAUUCCACUGCGGCCCUAAACUGCACUUUACUCGAGUUACGCACUCUUUGGCCGCUUCUCUUUAAUCUGGCAUGAGCGUCUUCCGUGUCCAAUCUUCUGUUUGCCCCCCCGUGUCUGAUACUUGUCUGAUCGCUCUGCAUCUGAGCCCGCUGUAUCUGGCCCAUGUGUCUGAUCUCAUUCUGUCCGAAAUCGUUAUCUUUAUCCCUCCUUCUGGUCCUUAUGUCUGGCCUCUCUGCGUACGAUCCUUCUGUGCCUGAUCUCUGGCUGACCUUUCUUGAGUCUGAGCUCUCUGUGUGGGCUCUAAUGCUUUUAAACACUCCUGCCCUCUGUGAGGGUUGGGAGUGUUAUCCUGCCAAAAGCACAGACUGCCCUCACUUUGGGUGAAUUUACUGGCCUUUAUACCUCCCCCCCCUUCCGUCCACACACACACACACACACACACACACACACACCUAUAUUCACACAUUAUUUCUCACCCUACUAUUCAUUACACACCGCCACUCAUUUGCACAGAAAUGACCGCACAUGCCAAACCGCUGUUCCCGCCAUACAUUAAGGGCAGUAGGACAGGAAGAUGAGUUCAGAUUGGCCACUGAGGUCCAGCUCAUGUCCCUUUUCAGCCUUUCACUUCAUUGAUCAGAUACGUGAAUGAAAGUGCCAAUCAGCAGUCCUUAGCCAAUGAGGGUGGAGUUUGUGAGAAGUCUUCCAUUUUGAAGAGCAGCACCAGCAUCACCGACACAGGUCAGCGUUUGGGGUCAGGGGUUAACCUGAGCGUCGCCCGUACGCAGUGUGGGUGUCACUGGCUAGUAAUUAAAGAUGUAUGCCUGCAUUUCAGAGAACUUUUUCAUUUUUGAUUACUGCCUAAAGAUAAUCAUCUUUUUGCUGAGCUGGAAUUUUAAUUUGUGUUAAUGUUUGCACCUUAAAUAUGAAUCAAAAGACCCAUAUUGUAAAUUGUUGUGAAUAAAACGUUGCAAAAGGUAAGCAGGUUGAAAAGAUGAUUUAAGCAUUAAAAACAAUGAAACCAAA